UCCAUCACCAUGGAGCACUCUCGGAUAAUUUUGAGUGAUCUACUACGUCAGCAGAAAGUGACUACUGAUGGCUACCUAGCGAAUUAUUGUGAGACAGAACUGAAGGAGCUAAUGAAACAAAUCGAUAUAGUAAUGAACACAAAAACAUCCAAGUGGGAACAGGAAGUGAAAAGCCUUCAGCAGAAGCUGCAGACCAGACAGACCGAGUGUGACUCCACAAGAGAUAGGCUGGAAUGGACGCAGACAGAGGUUGCAAAACUGCAGCAAAAUGUCUCGCUGGCGGAAUCGAAACAUCGAAGAACUGUGCAGGAGUACGAGAAAGAGUUGGUUGGUGUUCGUGAGCAGCUGUUGACGAUGAGGCGCGAAUACGACCGCUUGUGCAGGAAACACGAGAAGCGCCAGCAGACGAAGGUCCAGAUGCAGGAGCAAGCCAGCGUGGAGCAGCAGCACUCCGCCUACGAAAUAGAAGCAAUGCGGCGGAAGCUGAAUGACUUUGCCACCAAGGAGUCGGAUUGGGGCAAAAAGGAGGAGGGCAUGAGGUGCCAGGUAGAUGCUCUCACACAGAAAAACAAUGAGCUUUCAAGUAAGAGCAAGAGCUUGACGCAGGCGCUGAGCCAUAGCCAGGAGCAGCUACAGAAGGCACAAGAGGAGGCAAAGCUCACUGCCACCCUCAAGAGCAGGCUCAAUAAUCUAGAGGUUGCCUUCAACCAAGCAAACUGCAGCGUGACGGAGCAGUUUAAUGUCAACGUAAAACUGCGUGAGUCACUACGAGAUCUGCAAGUAGCUCACAAGGCGCAAUACGAGCAGCUGCUGCAGCGAACUACAGCAGAUGGGAGGUCGUCGCAGAGUGUCAAUCCACAUGGUGAGAGGGCCCAGCUGACUGCACUGCUGCAGCAGCAGGCUGUUUCAAUAAAGGCCAUGAACGACAACGCCAGCUUUCUUGACAAGCAGCUGGGCGACGUGACCGCGCAGAGCGAACAGAAGUCCGCAGAGCUACGCACUCGUUUGGCCGAAAUCGACAUCCUCCAGCGAGAAAAUGCAGCGCUGCGAAGUUCCGCGAAGGAACGGUGCACGCGCGAGAGCAGAGAGAUGGCAAACGGCACGAAAAAACUGGAAGAAGAGAACGCAACCCUGAAGCAGACCGUUCGCCGACUCGAGGAUUCGCUAGCGCAGCUUCACGCGUGGUUGGACGAGGCUGCGGCACGCGAGAGGCCUUCCCCGAAAUCUCCGAAGACGCGGAGGCGCGCGGACGGUUCCGCGCCUCGGCCUGACGACACCAGCCCUGCUCUCGUUGAGUUCGUCACCAACGUUGACCAGCUGUUACGCAACUGCUCGACGUGGAGUGAAAAUAACCAGACAGAAUUGAGCUCCACUGAAAGGGAGAGAGAUUCGGUGACGAGGAAGUUCUUACUAGAGGAGGAACGGCAGCAGAAUGAGUUGGAGAACCUGCUUGAUGCUCACAUGUUACGGCUGCAAGAGGGAGCUGAUAAGAUUCUCAACAAACUGGCUACGUAGUAGCAUUUGUAAACUGUUUCGAUUCAUCAUCAGUGCUGCUAUUUAUCAUCUGCUUUACGUGGGAUUUACAUUAGCCUCGUUCACACGAGACCUCGUAUUUAUGAAAUACGGUAUUUGCGAAAUACCGAAUCUGAGACAAAUA